UGUGUCAGGGGUCAAACGUAACUUCCGGCGUGUGUUCGCAAAAUUUGAAGGACUUUGCGCACGUCGUGUGCACAACAUUUUAGCUGUUGUUGUCGGCGGUGUUUGCCUGAAAUUGUUUUUGCAUACCGAGGUAACGUCUUCAACUUGUUAAUCUUGUCAGCUUGGUUUCAAGUUUAUUGGUUUUGCUGAAAGGUAUUUGAGAACAGACCAAUAUGUUUCAAACAAGAUCAGAGUAUGACAGGGGUGUGAACACUUUCUCGCCAGAGGGUCGACUGUUCCAGGUCGAGUAUGCUAUCGAAGCUAUCAAGCUUGGCUCCACCGCCCUGGGUAUCCAGACGUCCGAGGGUUGUGUCCUAGCCGUAGAGAAACGCAUCACCUCGCCCUUGAUGGAGAUUUCCAGCAUUGAGAAGAUCGUGGAGGUGGACAACCAUAUUGGAUGUGCUAUGAGCGGACUCAUCGCUGACUCCAGGACCUUGAUUGAUAGGGCACGCGUUGAGGCACAGAGCCACUGGUUCACCUACAAUGAGAAGAUGUCCAUUGAGGCGGUGACCCAAGCUGUCUCUAACCUCGCCAUGCAGUUUGGGGAUGACGACGCUGACAGCGGAGCUAUGAGUCGGCCGUUUGGUGUAGCCUUGCUGUUUGCCGGUAUAGAUGAAGAAGGACCAAGAUUAUUCCACAUGGAUCCAUCCGGCACAUACAUUCAGUAUGAAGCCAAGGCGAUAGGCUCUGGUUCAGAAGGAGCACAGUCACAGCUACAGGAAACAUACCACAAGUCUAUGACUCUGAAGGAAGCAUGCAAAGAGGCUCUGGUCAUUCUGAAGCAAGUCAUGGAAGAGAAGCUAAGCUCAACCAAUGUAGAGAUGGCCACCGUAACGCGAGAGAAGAAGUUUGUGAUGUUCACGAAGGAAGAAAUCGAGGCAAUUGUAGCAGAAAUGUAGAUAGGACUAGGUUUUUGUAAACGUGUACAAGUAAUCUUGGGGGUUUUUUUUAGAAAUUUCUCGUCACUGACAACCCUGAAAAAUGUGUGCUUGUGUAUAAGCCAGUUAUCUUGACUGUUUACUGUGCUUAAUUUGAUGGCCAUCAAAUCGAUGAUUAAUAACCUUGUAGCUUGUGAACGUUUUUAUUUGUGUACCAUUAACUCUUUGCGUACAACAAGCUGAUCAACUUAAAAUGGCGCCUCCUUUAGGCCAAAAAAAAAAAUUUCUGGUAUGCGCGCGCGUCGCCCUAGCCAUGCUCGUCGGCAAAAUGAAAAAGGUUUUUUUUCAAUGAAAGAUGAUGUCUCAAAACCGCCAAACUCACUGGUUUGACUGGAAUCCUGCUGCUGCACAAUUUUAACGUGUUUUUAGAUUGGGUUAUGGUCGAGAAUAAGCUUUAGGUGGCCUCUCUGGACUCCCAUAUAUUUGCACUAAGUUUAGUCGGGCACC